GCUGAAGUUGCCAUAUCAUGUUUAGCUGAGGCUUUGUGAGCCUGAGUUCCUGUUUUGGUUUAGCUGUGCGAGGGAGGAGACAGAGGAGGAUCAUAUAAAAGGGAGAGAAGUCUGCUGGCUUAGACAUCCAGAGAGAGAGAACUGAACCACUUGACCAAACUACAAAACCUACAGGGCUUCAUCCGAACUAGGCCACGAUGGAGACAGAGAAGAAGACUCAGACAGCAGCAGAACAGAUGUGUGACGGAGAUUUGUCAGAACAAAUCAAAAAGGUGACGAAGGAGAGUCACGUCAGGGCAGAAAACACACAACUGAUGCUGAGCUUCCAGAGGGGACAAGUCACCCUGCAGCAGUACAAGCUCCUCUUGUGCUCACUGUAUGAAAUCUACCAAGCCCUGGAGGAAGAGCUGGACAGGAACUCCAACCACCCUGGGGUCGCUCCCAUUUACUUCCCUACUGAACUGGCCAGGCUGGGGGCCAUUGAGAAAGACCUGGAGUACUUCUAUGGCCAGGACUGGAGAGAGAAGAUUGUUGUCCCAGCAGCCACUAAAAGAUACUGCCACAGACUGAGACAAAUUGGUAGGGAAAACCCUGAAUUUUUGGUAGCCCAUGCGUACACCCGUUAUCUAGGCGACCUGUCAGGAGGUCAGGUCCUUGGUCGAAUCGCCCAGAAAUCCAUGGGGCUGAAGGGCAGCGAGGGUCUGUCGUUCUUUGCCUUCCCUGGUGUGUCCAGCCCCAACCUCUUCAAACAGCUAUAUCGCAGCCGGAUGAAUAGCGUGGAGCUGACGGAGGAGGAGAGGAACGCCGUGCUCGAGGAGGCUGUCAGAGCAUUCGAGUUCAACAUUCAGGUGUUUGAGGAUUUACAGAAGAUGCUGACCGGCACUGGAAACAAGUUGCUGAAUUGUUCAACACGCUCCAAACCAGUAGAAACACUCCUGAUUAAUGGAACCAUUAUGAAAAGUGCUCCACUCCUCAGGAUGGUCCUGGGACUUGUUGUGGCUCUGGCCACAGUCAGCAUGGGAAUCUAUGUUCUUUAGAGGAGCUACACACGAAAUACCUUAUAUUUUCUCUUUAGGAUUUAAAAUCUUUACUUUUGUACUGUGCAAUUCUUAAAUACUCUUACCUGAUUAUAAUGUAAGAUCACUGUCAGUAACAAAAUACUGUAUAAUGUUUCUGAACUAUUUAUAAUAUGCAUCCUUGAAAGCUGAGUGUAAUUUUUAACACGGUUAUCCAGUAUGCAUUAAGAUGUGCAAUAAAUGUGCCUUUAAUAUUGUAAAUAUGUCAUCUUUUUUUUUAAUAAAAUCCUUUGCUAAAAGA